AUGGCCUUUUCCCUAACCAGACCUCCCUCUCCAUCGCACGAGCUACAUAACUCGUCCAAUGUCGAUGAUACCCUCUCUUCCGCGCUCCACGCUGCCCUCUCCGGCUUCGUUCCCAACUCGUCUGCCCACUCGCAUUCGACAGAUCACGACAUGGGCAGGGACAAAGAACGGUCAGGCAUAGAUAUUGUGGUCGAUGCCAGCUGUAUCACGGUCAGAGGAACGGGCGGGGAGGUCCAACCCGCCCUCCUCUCUGGCCACGUCGCGUUGAAUCUUACCGAGUCAACUUCCAUCAAAGAGAUCACCCUCCAGUUUAGGGGUAAAGUCAGGCUUCCUGCCCCUAUGAGUGAACAGCGAGCAUUAAAUAAUUCACCUCAGACGUACGCUAUCUGUACGCACGAUUGGUCGUUUUUAGAAGGCGAGAAACGCCACAGUCAUACCCUGAAGGCUGGUCGCCACUUGUUUCCAUUCCAGUUGCAACUCGGCGGGUCGCUGCCAUCCAGUGUGGCGACCACUGCACAUGGCGGCGUGAUCGUUUCAUAUAAGCUCAGGGCGGUCGCUGUGCGACCCGGCUUAGCCCAUAACCUGCAUGCUACUAUACCUAUUUUCCUACUGCAUUCAUUUGCACCGGACGCUCUCGAGUUUCAGCAGACACUCGAGAUCGAGAACAGUUGGCCCGAAAAACUCAUGUAUUCGAUCGUGUUGCCCCACAAGGUCUGGGCCAUCGGUGACAUACUCACAGUAGUCGUCAAAUUUUCACCGUUGGCAAAGGGCGUACGCGUGCUAACGGUGCUUACUCAGAUAACUGAGAUCACGAAAGUGCACUGUCGUGGAGCCACGCAGGAACACACCCGGAGGAUCGUGUCUGCCGAACACACAUUUUCUGGUGAAAGGGCAAUUCCAAAGCGUGAGCAGCAUUAUGGUGAACCUGCACCGGUGGUGCAAGGUUCGGGUACUCCAUCGCCACCCGGUGGACCAUCUAACGAAGAUCACACGAGUCCUGGAUCAAUAGUGGGCCAGAACGAUGCUUCGUUGUCUGUCAGGUCUCCGGUUUCGGGGAGAUUCUCUUCCUCCCUUGACGCUCCUCCCCCAGUUCUGCCAUCGGCACCUGGGGAGUCACCUUCUGCGGGGGUGGUUGAUGCAGAGGUAGAUCAGAUGGGCCCCGCCGAUGUGGUUACGCAACUUUCCCUUACUAUACCUCGGUCUGCGACGCCGUCGCAUUUAUUGGAACCCAUCACGGUCAGCCAUCGAAUACGAUGGUCUAUCCUCAUGUCAAACCUGGACGGGCAUACAUCUGAGUUGCGGUGUUCGCUCCCAAUCCACAUCUUGGACCACCGUCUUCUCGAUGAAUCGCGUGCUAAUUGUGCAACUACCCGUCGCCUCAUCCUUGGUGGAUCCGAGAUUCCCCUUCAGGAAGAGCAAGAUGCGGAACUACCAAGCUAUUCCUCCCACGUGCGGGACCGUGUCCCCGACGUAUACCACCGCGAAGUGCGACUGACGAAUCACCCAGGGGCGCAGCCGAGCGAAGGAUAUUGGAGCCCGCCAAUACCCGGAUCUCCUAGGGCUCCGAUGAUUCCUCACCUGCCAUACGUCCCUCAGGCAGAAGAAAAUACCUCACUUGAGUGGAUCAACUCUGAGCUACUGCUCUCUAUGUCGCGGGACGCAUCCUCGCAAACUCCUAAUCACCCCUCCUCCUCGCAUUCGGAAGGGAGUAGCCGGGCUGCCAGUCACCCAAGCUCGAGGCUAGUGAGUCGUCGUGGAAGCCGGGCGUCCAGUCCAGAGCGACAUUUGACAAUGACCUCCAUUUCGGGGACGAGCGUUGGUGGUGGGCCCGGCAGUAAUUCGCCAUCCUGUGAGACGCACGUGCACAGUAGCCAAGCAAGUCGGUCCCUCCCAGGGAUUUUCAGCGUGACGAUGAAACCUAUGGCGCAUGGAUGGCGACCGUCGCGUUCUAGUUCGUAUUCAAACAUCGCCAACGCGUUGUCGUCAUCGUCGUCCGCGAUUUCUACCUCACCGUCGGGUCCAACGGGACAUUACGCUCAUGCGAUAUUGCCAUCAGUCCCUGUGGUAGCCUCCCCGGCCGCUGAGGUGACUGCCUCAAUGACCGAGUCAAGGAUGCGCGCGCUAACAGAGGUGCCUGAUUACGGGGCAUCUGCUAGUGGGGUCAUUGGGGGCGUACCACCACUGACAAGUAUGCAAGGCUUGCCCUCGUACGAGGAAGCUGAGAGGAGUUCGGGACAUGAAUCGGGCGAGAUGACGUCGCUCCACUAG